AUGAAGACAGCUCUGCAACACACCGACAGACCAUCAGAUGGUGGAAAGAUCAUGGAGUCCCUACAGGACAACAACACCCAACUAAAUAUCGCCAUCACAGGAGAAUCUGGUUCUGGACUCACAGGAUUAAGCAUCAAGACUCCGCAGGUCUUCCUGGUGUCCAGCUUUCAGCUCCACCAGUAUGACUUCCCCCUCUUACACAAAGCCUUAGAGAGCGGCCUUCCUGAAGUCAAGAGAGACGCUCUGCUGUUGGCCACGCCCAGUAUCAGCCGCGAGAUCAUCAACAAGAAGAAAGAAGCUUUCAAGGCAUCAGAGACAAGCACAGACAAGCAAUUUGAAAUUGAAACUGUGAGAGAAGAAAUUAAAGAAGCUCUGCUGAACAAUGACAAAUCGCUGGCUAUCACAAAGAUCAAGGAGUUACUGGACAAGGAGAAGAACACUCCACUGAAUAUCGCCAUCACAGGAGAAUCCGGCUCUGGGAAAUCCACCUUUGUUAACGCCUUCAGGGGCAUGGACAACAGAGAGGAGGGAGCCGCCCUGACCGGUGUUACAGAAACCACCUCAGAGGUCACAGCGUACCCCCAUCCAAACUAUCCCAAGGUUACUUUAUGGGAUCUCCCUGGAAUCGGCACCACCAAGUUCCCAGCUGAUAAAUAUUUGGAGUGUGUUGGAUUUGAGAAGUUUGACUUCUUCAUCAUCGUCUCAGCUGAUCGCUUCAGAGAAAAUGACGUGAAACUCGCUCAGGAGAUUCAGAGGAUGGAGAAGAAGUUCUACUUUGUUCGCUCAAAGAUCGACAACGAUUUACGGGCCGAGAGAAGAAAGAGAACCUUCAGUGAAGAGGAGACUCUUAGGAAAAUGAGGGAAAACUGCAUUCAAGGACUCAGAGAUUUAGGCGUCGAGUCUCCGCAGGUGUUCCUGGUGUCCAGCUUUGAGCUCCACCUGUACGACUUCUCUCUCUUACAUGAGACCUUAGACAGAGACCUUCCUGCACACAAAAGACAUGCUCUGCUGCGCGCCAUGCCCAACAUCAGCCUGGAGAUCAUCGACAAGAAGAAAAAAACUUUCAAGCGUCGAUUGUAUUGGUUGUCCGCUCUGUCUGCAGCUGUAGCUGCUGUUCCAGUUCCUGGGCUUUCUAUUGCUGUUGACAUAGCGGUGCUAGUUGGUGCUGUCACAGAUUACGUCUUUGGGUUUGGUCUUGAUAUCAAGUCUCUGCAGAGACUGUCUGCCAGCACAGGCGUGCCAUACGCCGAUCUGCGUGCCGUUAUCGUUUCUCCGCUGGCUGCGGUGAAAAUAUCAAAAGAGCUCCUCCUGAAGGUGUUGAGCCAAAUUGCAGGAGCAGCUACAUUUAUGGCACUGGAGGAAGUUUCCAGAUUCAUUCCAAUAGUUGGAAUCCCGCUGGCAAUGGUGUUCUCUUUUACCACAACUUACAGACUUCUGAAUUUCAUCCUCAACCAGCUCGCUGAAGACGCCCAGAAGGUGUUUCUCCAUCCAUCACCAGACUCACUGUUGGGUACAGCUCUUAUCAUCACUCCAACAGCACGCAGGAUCAGCAUGGAGGACCCAGAUGACUUAUAUAUGGAAGACAUUCCUGGAGUUAAAGAAGCCCUGCAGAACAACGACACUGCUGCAGCAGCUGCAAAGAUUGAAGAAAAUUUAAAACAACAAAAUAAUAUCCCACUAAAUAUCGGCAUCACAGGAGAAGCUGGCUCAGGGAAAUCCACCUUUGUUAACGCCUUCAGAGGACUAUGUGAUGAUGAGGAGGGAGCUGCUCCUACUGGUGUUACAGAAACCACCUCAGAGGUCACACCGUACCCCCAUCCAAACUAUCCCAAUGUUAUGUUGUGGGAUCUUCCUGGGAUCGGCACCAUCAAGUUUCCAGCUGAUAAGUACCUGAAGCUUGUUGGAUUUGAGAAGUUUGACUUCUUCAUCAUCAUCUCAGCCACUCGCUUCACGGAAAAUGACGUGAAACUGGCUCAGGAGAUUCAAAAGAUGAAGAAAAAGUUCUACUUUGUUCACUCAAAAAUUGACAACGAUAUAAAUGCUGAGAGAAGAAAGAGAGACUUCAGUGAAGAGAGAACUCUCAAAGUAAUCAGAGACGACUGCGUUCACAGACUCAGAGGAUUAGGCUUCGAGUCUCCGCAGGUCUUCCUGGUGUCCAGCUUUGAGCUCCACCUGUACGACUUCUCUCUCUUACAUAAGACCUUAGAGAGAGACCUUCCUUCAAACAAAAGAGAUGCUCUUCUGUUCGUCAUGCCCAACAUCAACCCAGAGAUCAUCAGGAAGAAGAAAAAAGCUUUCAAGCGUCAAUUAUAUUGGUUGGCCACUCUGUCUGCAGCUGGAGCAGCUGUUCCACUUCCUGGUCUUUCUAUUGCUGUUGACCUUGCUUUGCUGGUUGGUGCUGUCACACAUUAUGUUUUUGCGUUUGGUCUCGAUGUCCCGUCUCUGCAGAGACUUUCUGCCAGAACAGGUGUGCCCUACGCUGAUCUACGUGCUGUCAUCAUUUCACCACUGGCUGCAGCAGAAAUAACUAAAGAGCUCCUCUUGAAGGUCAUGACCCAAGUGGGACGCACAGCUGCAUUAAUUGCAGCAGAGGAAGCAUCCAGAUUUAUUCCGUUUAUUGGAAUCCCAUUAGCCAUGGGUCUC